AAAGGUCUUGCAGCAACAGGAAAACAGCUAUGAGAGCGCAUUCCUAGUGAACCCCGGCUUAGACAAUGAGAGGUGGGACAAAACUGUAUAUUUUAAAAUCUGUAAUCUAACCCCUAAAUCAGGAACAUUGCUCAAAGUUUGCUUUGCACUUAUCGAGAUGGAGUCGUCAUGGGUUGAUCUGGGAAUGUUUAUUUCUAAGCGGAAGAAGACUGUUCCUUCUCCGAGAAGCAGUUUCUUGUUUUCGGUUUAUCAGCUCGAGAUUUGACUGGAGAUAUAUAUACCACAACUCGAUAUGUUCACCGUUACGGCGAUCUAUGCAAUAAUUCACUUGUGAAACGAAGACCGAUCGGUUUGUGAGCGGAUGAAAACGGAACUCUAAAAAGUUUAACUUUAGUUUACGCUGAGAAUGUCGGGAUGUGGGAAAAGUUAAGGAUCCAACACAUCUGGAUAUGACUUGCGCAGCUGAUUUGACUAUAGCCGCCCGUUAUGAGAUUAUACUUUUAUGUUUGAGUAAUGAGAAACGAGUUUCACAAACAGAUGAAGAUUGAUCGACUUGAUUCGGGAGUGAAAGCAAAACGAAAACCAGACAUGAAGGCUUCAGUGAUGCCCGUAGUGCUGUUUGUUUUGGUGUAUUCUGGAAGCUAUGCGACAACUGCAGAUCAUCUUAUGGAGACUUCUACUCCAAAGAAUGAUGAAAGCAGUUUACAGUGCAGUUGUGAGAACACAAACUUAUGUGAAAACAACAGCUGCUGGGGUCGUAUCUGCUUCUACACUUCGGUCCAUGAGCGGGUUGUCAGGGGCUGUUUUCAGACCGCCGAACAGUGCUACGUACCUGCUAUACCUGGAGUUUAUACCAAAUGCUGCUACACACACCACUGCAAUGCAAAUCUCACUAUGCCUGAAAAAACAGUGGAGAAGCCCAUCAGAGUGAUUCUGCUAGUUGGAGUGCCGUUGCUGGUGUUGUUGGUGAUGGCCAUGGCAGCUUGUGGGCUGGUGUUAUGGCUGCGUACAAGACGUCAAUACUGCCAUCCGGUUGAGCACGACACCUCCAUGCUCAAAGUCCCCAGUGGAGGAGACCCCACAUACGGGGAUAUCUUUGAUGAGUUUUGUACGUCGGGCAGUGGCACAGGUCUGCCCUAUCUGGUGCAAAGGACCAUGGCGCGACAGAUCUCUCUGGUUGAGUGUGUUGGUAAAGGCCGUUAUGGAGAGGUAUGGAGAGGCACCUGGAUGGGAGAGAGUGUAGCUGUCAAGAUUUUCUCCUCUCGUGAUGAGCAGUCUUGGUUUCGAGAGACGGAAAUCUACAACACGGUCCAACUAAGGCAUGAAAACAUCUUGGGUUUCAUAGCAUCAGACAUGACGUCUAAAAACUCCAGCACUCAACUGUGGCUGGUCACACACUUUCACGAGUUGGGUUCCCUCUAUGACUUUCUGCAGUACAGCACGCUGGACCCAGAGGGCUGUCUGCGCAUGUGCCUGUCCAUUGCCAGCGGCCUCGUGCACCUCCACACAGAGAUCCUCAGCACACAAGGCAAACCAGCCAUUGCACACCGAGACCUGAAGAGCCGCAACAUUCUGGUGAAGAGAAAUGGCCAGUGCUGCAUUGCAGACCUGGGCCUGGCUGUCAUUCACUCUCAGUCUACUGACUAUCUGGAUGUGGGAACCAACCCGAGAGUGGGCACCAAGCGAUACAUGGCACCAGAGGUUUUGGAUGAGACUAUUCGUGUUGAUGUUUUUGAGUCCUAUAAACAAACUGACAUCUGGGCCCUGGGUCUCGUCUUGUGGGAAAUAACUCGUCGGACUAUUGUAAAUGGAAUCGUGGAGGAGUACAGGCCGCCGUUCUUUGACAUGGUGCCCUCUGACCCCAGUUUCGAGGAGAUGAAGAAAGUGGUGUGUGUGGACCAGCAUAGGCCCAGUCUCCACAAUCGACUACACUCUCAUCCGAUCCUGUCUGCGAUUGCAAAGAUUAUGAAAGAGUGCUGGUUCCAAAGCCCUUCAGCCCGACUCACUGCUCUGCGUGUGCGAAAGAGCCUCUCCAAACUGGACCAGGACCAUGACUACGACAUAGACAAGCUUAAACUGGACCUCUAGAAUAGACAUGCUACCAAUGCAUUUCAAAAGACACUCAAUUGUAAUAGAGCCACAUGACAUAUUCACUCCUCCUUUUGAACUGUGUCUUUCAGCUUCUUGUCCUAAGGCUCCACUGAACAUAUUUUAUCAUGACAUUCGUUCACUGUGGGAAGUUGGCUGUGCUGUUAAGUUUCUCCUCAAAUAUAUCCACGCGACUGCUCUUCCAGGACCUGUAUAUUUCAACAGAGUGACUCAUUUGUUACUGAAAGUGAUAAACCCACUAAAUUCUUGUUGGUAUAGUGAGAGUGAGGUUUUUUAGGCAGGAUGUGGGUUAUUGUGGACUUCCUAACUGCGGCAUUUCCUGAAAUUUCUUACUUCCUAAACAUGACUGUUACGUAGAGAGUUUGGCACAAGCUUUUUUGCACUUAUAGCUUGUUUUUGGUUCCAAGAAAGACUUUGAAAUGAACUAGCUUUUUAGGAACAGGAACUGCAUUACAGCUUGCACCAAGUAAUCAUUAAAGAGAACAUCUUAGUAUAGUGCACUUUUAUAAACAGUUUUUUAAUGCAAGAUUAAUGGUAUAAUCAUACUGGCUGUACUAUAUCUUUUUUGUUAGAAAGUAAUAAAAAUGUUAAAUAUAUUUGCUUUGUGAAAUAUUCUAAUCUAAAAUGUGUAUACAUUUUUUUGCGCACAAAAUGUCUUAUUUUCACUCAGAGAGUAGUAUUUAAUUGUUAAUAAAGCUUAAUAAAAAGGAUGUUGAAUUAGACUUUCUCUCAUGGAAA